AUGGCCGAUAAUAACCGAUCGAUCGGUGCACCUCUACUUCAGACCCUCACCAUCUCCUCUCACAACUGUCUCCUUUACCUUCAGACCCUCACCAUCUCCUCUCACAACUGUCUCCUUUACCCUCAGACCCUCACCAGCUCCUCUCACAACUGUCUCCUUUACCUUCAGACCCUCACCAGCUCCUCUCACUCCUGUCUCCUUUACUUUCAGACCCUCACCAGCUCCUCUCACUACUGUCUCCUUUACCUUCAGACCCUCACCAUCUCCUCUCACUGUCUCCUUUACCAUCAGACCCUCACCAGCUCCUCUCACUACUGUCUCCUUUACCAUCAGACCCUCACCAUCUCCUCUCACUGUCUCCUUUACCAUCAGACCCUCACCAGCUCCUCUCACUACUGUCUCCUUUACCAUCAGACCCUCACCAGCUCCUCUCACUGUCUCCUUUACCAUCAGACCCUCACCAUCUCCUCUCACUACUGUCUCCUUUACCAUCAGACCCUCACCAUCUCCUCUCACAACUGUCUCCUUUACCUUCAGACCCUCACCAGCUCCUCUCACUACUGUCUCCUUUACCUUCAGACCCUCACCAGCUCCUCUCACUACUGUCUCCUUUACCAUCAGACCCUCACCAGCUCCUCUCACUACUGUCUCCUUUACUUUCAGACCCUCACCAGCUCCUCUCACUACUGUCUCCUUUACCUUCAGACCCUCACCAGCUCCUCUCACUACUGUCUCCUUUACCAUCAGACCCUCACCAUCUCCUCUCACUGUCUCCUUUACCAUCAGACCCUCACCAGCUCCUCUCACUACUGUCUCCUUUACCAUCAGACCCUCACCAUCUCCUCUCACUGUCUCCUUUACCAUCAGACCCUCACCAUCUCCUCUCACUACUGUCUCCUUUACCAUCAGACCCUCACCAUCUCCUCUCACUACUGUCUCCUUUACCUUCAGACCCUCACCAGCUCCUCUCACUACUGUCUCCUUUACCUUCAGACCCUCACCAGCUCCUCUCACUACUGUCUCCUUUACCUUCAGACCCUCACCAGCUCCUCUCACUACUGUCUCCUUUACUUUCAGACCCUCACCAGCUCCUCUCACUACUGUCUCCUUUACCUUCAGACCCUCACCAGCUCCUCUCACUACUGUCUCCUUUACCUUCAGACCCUCACCAGCUCCUCUCACUACUGUCUCCUUUACUUUCAGACCCUCACCAGCUCCUCUCACUACUGUCUCCUUUACCAUCAGACCCUCACCAUCUCCUCUCACUGUCUCCUUUACCAUCAGACCCUCACCAUCUCCUCUCACUACUGUCUCCUUUACCAUCAGACCCUCACCAUCUCCUCUCACUGUCUCCUUUACCAUCAGACCCUCACCAUCUCCUCUCAUUACUGUCUCCUUUACCCUCAGACCCUCACCAUCUCCUCUCAUUACUGUCUCCUUUACCCUCAGACCCUCACCAUCUCUCACUACUGUCACCUCUAG